AUGGCGACACAGUUUACCUGCGGCUCGUAAUCGAGUUGAGCUCUCGGCUGCAAAAUAAAUAUCCUUAUUUCAUACACAUUAAACAUGUCGUACUUAUCGGAAUAAUAAAAAAUCUCGGACUCGUGGAUUUUCAGUGAUUGUCGAACCGAUGAAGAUUGCCUUUCGAUUUGUAAAAUAAAGUUACGUGUCUGGACUUCAAAGUCAAAGGUUUAGUGCAUGUGUGUGUGGUAUACGUUUCUGACAGCGUGUACGCAAUGGCCGAUGAUUCCCCCACGGUGCCGAGAAGGCGUCAAUUGCGCGAACGAACUCGCAAAUUAUACACUGACGAUUGGACUAUCGGAGAUGAAGAUAUCGAGGGUAGAAGGAGUUUUCAGCUCGAUGAAAAAAUUGAAUGCGAUAGAUACAAUCUUGACAAAUUUUCUGGACUCUUCAAGGAAAUGAAUGGAUCAGAACUCAACCUUGCUUAUCUUCAGAAACAUGGGCUUGCAAUACCACUCCUUUUCAGAGACAAGACUGGUCUUGGCCUCAGAGUUCCCAGUCCUAAUUUCAGCGUUAAUGAUGUUAGAACUUGUGUCGGGUCUAAACGUAUUCUGGACGUCAUGGACGUGAACACUCAGAAGAACGAGGACAUGAGUAUGAAAGAGUGGCAAAGAUAUUACGAGGAUCUCAACAAAGAUCGUUUGUUGAAUGUAAUAUCCCUAGAAUUUAGUCACACAAAAUUGGAGAAUUACGUGCAAUCACCAGCAGUGGUAAGGCAAGUGGAUUGGGUGGAUGUAGUCUGGCCGAGACACUUGAAAGAAGCACAAGUCGAAGCAACAAAUCUACUAGAGGAUAUGAUGUACCCAAAAGUACAAAAAUAUUGUCUCAUGUCAGUGAAAGGUUGUUACACCGAUUUUCACGUGGAUUUUGGUGGAACAAGCGUUUGGUAUCACAUUCUACGAGGCGGUAAAAUUUUUUGGCUCAUACCACCAACCGAAAAAAAUCUUGCGCUCUACCAGGAAUGGGUAUUGAGUGGGAAACAAUCCGAUGUCUUUUUCGGUGAUAUGGUCGAUCGUUGUGGGAGAAUCAAUCUUACUGCAGGCAUGACACUGUUCAUCCCAACCGGUUGGAUUCAUGCGGUUUAUACACCUCAGGAUUCACUCGUUUUUGGAGGCAACUUUCUUCACAGCUUCGGCAUUGAGAAACAAUUGAAAGUUGCUCAAGUCGAAGAACACACAAAAGUUCCACAGAAAUUUCGGUAUCCGUUUUUCACGGAAAUGCUCUGGUACGUUCUCGAACGAUACGUUCACGUCCUUCUCGGUCGAAGUCACCUGGACAUACCAGAAAAUCAAAGGCAACACGCGACCAUCGAUACAAAACCAGAUUCACAUCUUCAUCUGACACCUUUUGAGCUACAUGGCUUGAAAUCGAUUGUCAUGUAUCUUCAUUCGUUGCCCUCCACAAAAAAAAAUGUUCCCGAACUUAUUCGGGAUCCGGUUGCGUUGAUCCACGAUGUUCGUUGUUUGGUUGAACAACACAGGCACGAUAGUCCUGAGGCAGCUGUUACAGGAACACCAAUUUUACCACCACCCCCACCUUUGACGAUCGCCGAGCGCGAACGAUUACGAACGAAUCCCAAGAAAAGUUACACGAAGGCAAUUAACAACACGAGUGAAAAACCCGAAGGAGGCAGGCCGAGUUUCCCAAGGAGAAGAAGAACUCGUUGCAAAAAAUGUGAAGCUUGUACGAGGACGGAUUGUGGCGAGUGUGCUUAUUGUCAGGACAUGGUGAAAUUCGGUGGGAGUGGUCGAGCAAAACAGACGUGCUUGAUGCGUCAGUGUCUGAGGCCCAUGUUGCCCGUUACGGCUGCGUGUAAGAUUUGUCGACUUGACGGUUGGGGUCAACAACCAGCGUCUCUCAUGGGAAAACCCACACCCGGAACACCUUCGAGUUUGAUGGAAUGUUCGGUCUGUUUCGAUAUUGCGCAUCCCGAAUGCGUCGGCGUGGAUUCUCAAAGCCUCGCGGUGAGCGAAGACUUGCCAAACAGCUGGGAAUGUCCAGAAUGUUGUGAGACUGGAAGGAAUUUGGAUUCCCGUUCGCGGCAGGGUAAAGGUCGAGCUAGAAAAGUGUCGGUUUCGAGUGCAGCUUCUUCAGCUCCAACGACUGAUUCUGAGAGGGCCACGACUCCGAGUAAAAGGCCGAGACCUGAUCCAAAUGAGACAUGGAACGAACGAGAACCUGCGGAAGGAGAGCACAGAACAGCAUUGAGGAGUCAAUUGGCGGUACAAUUGAUUGGUUCGAGCAACAAAGCGUUGAAAAGACCGCACGUGGUGGUCAGACCAGCCCAGCUUCCGGUGCAGCGAUCGGAAAACGCUAGUCAAUCGUGGGCUCAAGACAAGGGUACGAUACUGGCAAUAUUCAGAUACAUGAGCAGACAAGAUUUGGCGAGGUGUGCAUUGGUUUGUAGAGCUUGGGCACAGUACAGUAUCGAGCCUAGCUUAUGGCGAAGAUUGGACAUGUCUCACGUGCAUCUGACCGCAGCUCAUCUGACGGGUAUUGCUCGUCGACAACCCGAGAGUCUUUGUCUCGAUUGGUCGGACGUUACGAAACGGCAAUUAGGUUGGCUUUUAGGGAGAUUAACGCAACUGCGAAGCCUAUCAUUGCAGGGUUGCGCUUGGGCUAAUAUUUCAGUGCUCAGGUCGUGCAUCUGUCCGCCGUUGCUUAAUCUCGAUUUGAGUCAUGUGUCCGGCUUAAACGAUUUUAGUUUAAGGGAAAUGUUGAGCCCCCCCACUGACUCACGACCGGGACUCAUCGAUAAAACCUCCAGGCUCAAAUACCUAAAAACUCUUUCUCUUGCCGGCUGUGAUAUCACUGACGUUGCUCUCCGAUAUAUCGCUCAGCAUUUACCGCACAUCGAAUCUCUGGAUUUAUCCUCUUGCGGACGUCUCACCGACGCUGGCGUAGCUCAACUCACCACUCCACCCGCACACGCCAUCGCCAAUUUAAUCUCUCUCAAUCUCGCCAGUUGUCGUCUUCUCACCGAAACCAGCCUCGAUCAUCUCGCCCGAUGCAAAGCUCUCAAACGUCUCGAUCUCCGACACACCACCCAAGUCUCAACUCAAAGUGUCAUCAAAUUCGCUGCUCGCAGUAUUCACAAUCUUCACGUCACUGACGUCAAACUCGUUCAGGAAAAAAGGCCCAAAAAUGAAGCUCGAGUCACGUGAGACAAUCGAUUGUACCCGAUUCAUUCGAAUCCUCCGUCUCUGUACCUGUUUAUGGGACUUUCGGACUUCAUGAUUUUUCUUAUUUCAUACGCAUCGAAGUUCGUACUGUUGGCAUACAACGAAGAAACAUUUCUAUUCUCUUUCGCUUUCGUUCGAGUUUUCAAAUAUUUUUUAACCACUUUUUUCUCAUUCAUGAGACUCUGACGCUUUACUAUUGAUUUGACAGUUUAAAUCAUUUGAAAUUCGAUAUUACUUUUCGUCAUUGGCACAAUUUAAAAAAAAUAUUUUCCCACUCCGAGUUGUUGGAUUUUAAAUACGAACUUGCGAGCUAAAAUUCUUCAAAAACCCGUACAAUCGUCAAAAAUGCAAAUUUGAUUGAAAUACAAUUGAUUUUCAUUGCGUUUCAAUUGUGUUAACUUUGGUCAAUCGAUGUUAUCUAUUAUUGCUGUUUCGGCAUCUCGAUCACAUUCUCUUCAAGGGGAAUUUCUUAUUGUUCAUUUUUGCAUGAGAAUAAUUUGACAAAUCCUUUAUUCUGAGAAAACUCGUAGGCUCCGAAACAGCUUUUUUUCGUUGUAUUAUGUUUUGUCUUGUUUCCUCUGUAGUUGCAACUACGAUAUACUUUCCGUUUAGUGAUUGAAUUUAUCCUUUCACGUUUUCCGUAGCUCCUCGGAAAAUGUUCAUAAUUAUAUUUAGUUACAAUAUCUUUCUCCAAUAUUAAUUUUACAUUUGAUUAACGAUGGAGAUUUCUCGAAAAAAAUUGAGUAAUGUCAAUUCAUCAAAUCGUCAUAUCGAUCAGCAACAAAACGAUGAGAUUUUAUGAGUUCGUAUUUCAACAAUUUUUCUCAUUCAUUGUUAAAAUUGUUUUUUUAAAUUUCCCUCCACUGGAAAAUAUAAAAUUGAUGAAUGCAUUUGGACCCCUGGAAGUUGGAUAUCGUUGAUUUGAUUUAUUAUUGUUGUUUCACGAGUGAAGCAAAAAUCGCUUUUUGUGGAGAAUUUAUUUCUCUCAAUCACUUUUUUUCGUAUAUUCUGAAGCAGCUUUUUGUUUUUUAAAAUAAUGUAUCGUUUCGUUCAUCUACACGGUAGUUGCAACUACGAUGUAUUUCAUUUUUAACGAUUCAACUUAGAUCUGUUUGGCGAACUUCGUAGCUCCCUGGACAACGUGCAAGAUUGUAUUCGGUUACAAUAUUCUUUGCUGAUAUUUAUAUCGACUUGCGAGUAUUAUGUGAUAGAAACUUUAGGCGUUUGGACAAUACUGUCAAGAAUACUUUGUUUUUCUAGCUAAGUCUGUUAUUUUAUAAUAAUUUAGAGAUCUAGCGAACGUUCGAAGAAAAAAAAAACAAUUCAGUCGGAUAUGAAACUCUAUAAAUAUCGAUUGAAAAUAAGAAAUGACAAAAGUGACGAGUGACGAAAAGUAUUGUUAUAUUGUUCGAACAAAAAUUAUUCAACAAAUAAUUGAGUCAUUUAUUUGCAUAAUGGAAAAUAAAUCUAUUGAUUUUAUUGACUUAUGGAUUUGUAGGAAUUUCUAUAGAAAAGCUUUUUUUUGGAAACUUUGAUAAAAUGACAAACUGGUUCUUUUAAUUUUUUUUCUCAUUGGCAGACAAAGCAUCACAUUUCAUUGCAAAGUGCAUAAAUCACGUACUGAAUAAUUUUAUGAAUAUACUGUCCAUGAAGAAAAAUUAAAAAGUGCCAUAAUAACGAAAAAAUGAGAUUUUCGAAAAAAAAUGCAUAAUUAUUUAUAAUUUAGAUUACGAAAAUGAAUCUUCCCGUGAGAAAAUAUUGUGAAAAUUCAUUAUAUUUUGAAAGCGACAAAAAUUUUUCAACUACUUGUCCAAUUGCGGACACUAGAAAAUUGAAUAGAACGCAAAUUUUUGGCUGGAAAUAAAUAAGCAAGAAUUCUUAACCCUUCUCGUACACCUGGGGUCCAGUGACCCUCAGACUUUCCGUGCGUUCUUAUGGGAAUUAGGCUGGAAGUGUGUACUCGAAGGGUUAAACGCAGUAAGAUUGUUGAAAUCGUGAGAAAAUAUUGGAAUGUAAGAGAGCAAACAUGAACUAUAUUUAUUCCGGAUGAUAACAUAUAAAAAUGACUAAAUUUGAAUCAUAUUGCAAUGACGUUCCAUUCGAAGAGCGCUUUUCUCCUCAGUCCCAUGUUAAUAAUAAUUCGAGUGCAACUGUGAUUACGAAGAAGUAUAAGCUUUGUGCGAACUUGACGUGCGAGUAACGCAACAUGAGCGAGAAAACGAUGACAUAAACAAAUAAAAGAAUAUCACGCUUAUUUUAAUUUUUAUUUUUUUAUUCUUCUUUCAUUGAAAAUCAUCGAUUUCAAUGAUGCUCGUUGUCACAUAUUUGAUACAGCUAACAAAUUUCGCUGUACAAAAAAUAGAGUUUUACGAUAUGUAACUGCAUGAAUCAUAUGGAAUCAAGAGCUAUUAUUAUUUGAAAAUAUAAUUUUUAAUUGUAAAAACAAA